UAAUGUUGUUGUGUGUCAUGUGCUAUAACAGUGUUAAUCUUUCAGAGAUAGUUCUAAAUACUUAGAGCUUAAAUAUGUCAGAAGAAGUGAUAACUGAAGCCGUGGAGGCAGCAGGAGAGUCGGUUGUUGAGGCAGUUGCUGAAGCAUUGAAUGGAACAGCUACUAAGGUUCCAGCUACCCCUGAAGGCAUGAUGAUCGCCUACGGUAGUUUGGUUCUCAUGGCUCUGUUUCCAAUCUUCAUUGGAUCCUAUAGAUCUGUUAAGUCUCAUAGAGAUCAACAAGAAAAUCUGGUUAAAACCGGUGAGCAGCCUGAGACCAUGACGCAGAAAGACGCAAUGAUGUUCCCGAUUAUUGCGUCUUGUGCACUGUUCGGACUUUACAUCGUCUUCCAGGUGUUCGGUAAAGAAUACAUCAACCUCCUUCUCACCUUCUACUUCUUCGUGUUGGGCAUCUUCGCCUUGUCUCACAUGAUGUCUCCCAUCAUCCUUAAGCUGAUCCCCGGCGCUCUCCCCGUUAUUCCCUUCCAUCUACGGUUCGACCAGGGAGAGGGAGACGCCAAGGAAUCUGUUCUAGACUACGAGUUCAAUACUCAUGAUCUGAUUUGUGUUGCCCUCUGCUCUGGUGUUGGUGUCUGGUAUAUAUUGAAAAAACACUGGCUUGCAAACAAUCUACUCGGACUAGCGUUUGCAGUGAACGGCGUUGAGCUCCUCCACUUGAACAACGUUGCUACCGGCUGUAUUCUCCUGAGUGGUCUCUUCUUCUACGAUAUCUUCUGGGUGUUUGGAACUGAUGUUAUGGUCACAGUCGCUAAAUCCUUCGAGGCUCCUAUCAAACUAGUCUUCCCACAGGACCUGAUGGAGAACGGAUUGAACGCCACCAACUUCGCUAUGCUCGGGUUGGGGGAUAUCGUUAUCCCGGGAAUAUUUAUAGCUCUCCUUCUCAGAUACGAUCAUAGUCUCAACAGGAAAUCUCAUUUCUACUUCUACGCAACCUACCUAGCUUAUAUCUCUGGCCUGCUGAUGACAAUAUUUGUUAUGCACGUGUACAAGCAUGCACAACCUGCACUUCUCUACCUUGUACCAGCCUGUCUAGGAGUACCCCUUCUUCUUGCCCUGGUUCGUGGCGAUAUCAAAUCCAUGUUCAAGUACGCCGACAACCCCGAGCUGGAACAAGAGAACAAGGAAGAAACGAAAAAAGAAAACUAAAAGAAAAUAUAUAAAAUCAACCCGUAUCAGCAUCUCAUUCCUCAUCCAUCUUCAAUUCUUAUCCAUCUGAGUCACCUCAGUUCUUACUUCCACAUUAUUCAAUGCACGACCCUUGCUUUGAGAUUUAGAAUUUCCUGAGAUCAAAUUUUGCCAUCGGAAUUCCAGUUCCUAUCAACCUGUUAUUUCUAGUUUUAUUUUACUAUGACAGAUUUAAGUUUAGGGAUUAGGGAAUCUUCAUUCUAUCAUUUGCUUAUUUAACAGUUCCAAAUUCCUUCUGACGUGUUUAAAAUAAACCUAAAAAUAUCCUUGUAAAUGUGAAAAGUUCAUGGAUGUUAUGUGUUUAAAGCUUAUUUAUGUACUUUAAUGCUUCCUGAAAUGUGUCUACAUUGACACCCUAUGAAUUUAUCAGAACUAGGAUUAAACUAAAUUUUUGUCUUAAGAACAUAUUUAGAUCAAUCCAAUUUGCCUAAAAACCAAUCCAGCAUUAAUCUUGAAAAUUUUUCCUUUAAAACGUUCCCGCAAACAAAAAUUUAUAAAAGCAAUUUUUCAAGCUACACGAUCCUACCAACUUGUUAGCUUUGCACAAAUCUGAAGUUCAUUAAAUUAAUUUCCAAGAUUUUAUUAUUUUUGUACAUUGUGAUCUAUUCUGAACGUUGUUGUUGUUGUGUUUAUUGUAACUGGAGAAAGUGUCUAAAUAUAGGUUGUUUUGUUA